AUGCGCUCAGGUGUUUGUGCAUUACAGCAGACCCUCACAGCUGAGGCUGCUUCAGUGUUGAAGCACUCUCUGGGGUUGGCUCGUAGGAGGGGCCAUGCACAGGUCACUCCUUUGCAUGUGGCUGCAACUUUGCUCAGCCUAAGAGCCAGUUCUUUGAGAAGGGCUUGUUUCAAAUCUCAGCCUCACCAAACUUCACAUCCUCUUCAAUGCAGAGCUCUUGAACUGUGUUUCAAUGUGGCUCUCAAUAGACUCCCAACAACACCUUCUCCUUUGAUCCACACUCAGCCUUCUCUUUCCAACGCUCUCAUUGCUGCACUCAAAAGAGCACAGGCUCAUCAGAGAAGAGGAUGCAUAGAGCAACAGCAACAACAGCCUCUUCUUACUGUCAAAGUUGACUUGGAACAGCUCAUCAUAUCCAUUCUUGAUGACCCUAGUGUUAGCAGGGUUAUGAGAGAGGCUGGAUUCUCUAGCACUGCUGUUAAGAACAAUAUAGAGGACUCUUCAGCUCCUUUUCAGUGUUACAACAGUUCUGGUGGUGUAUUUUCUUCUCCUUGUUCACCUUCUUCUAGCGAGAACCAUAGGGAAACAACCAUCAACCGUACCAGUUUCAGGCACACUCAUCAUCAUUUCUUAGCUGCUUAUACUUCUGAGUUCAACCCUGCAGUUCUCUUUUCUCCACCAAAGAAUGCUCCUUUGUGUCCCACAUCAGGUGGACUUGGCUUAAGCCUUCAUGCUUCCAGUUUCCUUGAUUCAAAGAUGACCAUCUACCAGAGCCCAUCUCAUAUGCUGGAAACAAAGCCUUUGAGUAACAAGGAGCAUCUGGAUAAGCUCAAUUGCUGUGAAGAAUGUGCCCCAAAUUAUGAAAAAGAAGCCCAACUUCUCAAAUCAGACCAGAAGAAAAUGUUGCCUUUCUGGCUUAAGUCUCAUACCACAGAAGACCAUAAGAAGGAUGAAUUAACCCAUUUGAAAAUAAAAUGGAAUAGACUAUGCCACAGUCUCCACCAAAGCAAACAGCCUCAGAACCAAUGGAACUGGAACACCAGUAAUAAUUCAUCAAGUUCUAUAUCCUUUGCCAACAAUGCCACCUACAACUCCACCUCCAAUCUUGUCCCUCGAUUCAGGCGUCAACAAUCAUGCGCCAUUGAGUUCAAUUUCAGCGACAAAUGGGAAGCAACAGAGCCAAUCUUGGGUUCUCUUGUGAGCAUGGAAGGUAAAGAAGUAAAGACUACUCUUGCUCUUGGAAAUGGUGGUUCAGGUGAAACGGUGGGGAAUAUAACUGAUAGAACACUGCAACGAGCUCAUAUUUGUAAACUGUUGCAGGAGAAUGUGCCAUGGCAGUUUGAGACUGUUCCUUCGGUGGCUGAGGCCUUGAUUAAUUCCAAAUCAGCAAAGCAAAGUAACAUUACUUGGUUAUCUGUGCAAGGCAAUGACAUCAUUGGCAAAAGAAGGUUGGCACUUGCAGUUGCAGAAUCAGUUUUUGGCUCAACUGAUGUGUUCCUUCACUUGGACAUGCUUAAGAAAGAGACUUCAAUAGCCCCAUUUCCUGAAAUGUUGGCGGGAGCAAUGAAAACCCACCAAAAGCUUGUGGUGCUAAUAGAAAAUGUUGACUUUGCUGAUGCCCAAUUCAAGAAAUUCCUAUCAGAUGGAUUUGAAACAGGAAAGUUUGGAAAUUUAAGUAGCAUGGAAGAGAACUCAAGGCAUGCAAUAUUCAUGUUGACAAGUGGGGGAUCCACUAGCAUUGAGGAGCAGAAUCAGGAAUUGGUUAUGAAGUUGUUGUGGCAAGUAAGUGAAACCAAGCCAAAUUUAGAGACACCUUGCUUAGGCCACAAGCAAAAGGCUGAACUAGAUUUGUUUUCCAACAUCAAGAGGCCAAGAAUUGAAGAGAAUCAAGAGGCAUUGUUGGUUUCUUCAAAGCAAAAGAAAGAGUUUUCAAGACAGUCAAGCUUCAACACCCUUGAUCUGAAUAUGAAAGCUGAUGAAGAGGGUGAUGGGUUGGAUAAAGCAGGGGAAAGUAGUCCCAUUUCAAGUGAUUUGACUAGAGAAACUAUAGCUGAUCCACUGAACCCAAAUGGGUUUCUUGACUCAAUUGAGAACCGGUUUGAGUUGAAUACAAGUCCAGCUAGGGAGAGGGAGAUGAAAGAGUUGUUUUUAUCUAAGAUUAAGGGGUCUUUUGAAGACGUUUAUGGGAAGCCAUAUUUGAUGAAUUUAAGUGUAGAUGAGAGGGUGAUUGAGGAUGUGUGUGUUGGGUGUGGUUCUUUUACUAACAGCAUGUUUGAGAAAUGGCUAAGAGACAUUUUUCAAAGCAGCUUACAAACGGUUAACUUUGGAGGGAAGGAGGGUAUACUUUUUAGACUUUCUUGGGGUGGUAAAGGACAUAGAAAAUCAGAUAGUGGGUUCAUUGGUUCUUCUCUGCCCAAGAGUAUCCAAGUUAAUUACUUCAUAGAGUGA